CACACACACGCACGCACACAAACACACACAUUUGCAAACACACACCUCCACGCGUGCAAGCACAAACAGAUACUUGUACACCACUCAGUCUUAGAGCAAAAGCACUGCCAGGAUGACUAUUUAGCUAUAAAAAAGAUCUGAUUUUGUUGGUGGCAUUGAUAGUGUUGUAAAAUGUUAUUUAGCUAUGUCAGCGCAAUGACUUCGACAGCCAGCUUCUUCACGUCAGCAGGAACAAACAAAAGUGUGGUGCAUCAGGGCUACUGUUUGCCAGUAAUGGCCCUCAUCAUUCAUAAAUCACGGGAUAAAAUGCAAGCCAAAUGGAUGAAAGACUCUUCCAGCAAGUUUAUGAACCUAUCAGCCUGGGGAGUACUGAGGAGGCGGCCAGCUGCGCCCCGUGCGGAUGUGACUGCGCACAGCUGCCCUGCGUUUGCCCAGGCGGUGAGGAGCUCCACCCAUGGCAGCAAGCGGAGGAGCACGGAGCAGACCAGCACAGCCAGUCAGGGGAACGUGAGGCCUUGCCGCCAUGUUCCGAGCUCCAUCAGGAGCUCUCGCCAGACAGUCCGGCCGACCAGACAGAGAGAGUCUCAAACUGCGAGGAAGAGCCCCUACCGUUGCAGGACGGCCCUGACCACGCUGCGCCACCGCAGGGCGCCGCAAACCACACCCACCAUCACAGCGCAGAAGCCCAACGCCGUCCGCAGAGGCAGAUUCCAGAGCCAUGCUGGUACUGCAUGAAGUCCCUGACCAGAGACACGCUAAAGAAACUCCAGCUGGACUUUGAGUCCCUGAGACUGCCCCCUAAAGGAAAACGCUUCAGCUACCAGCAGGACCCCAGGCCUCACUUUGGAGUGGCCCACUCCGCCCGAUCUACGCCUUUCCCCCUGUGGGGGUGUGAGGGGCCCCUGAGGAGGGAGAGGAGGCUGGAGGACGGGGAUCAGAUGAGCGCCUGUCCGCACUGUUACCUGGCGCUCCCACUGGACACUCUGCAGUGGCACGAGACCAAAUGCCUAGUAUUUGAAGGCCUGAAAACCUCUUGUGGUAAAGAAGCAAAGUGAAUCAGCUGAAGCCAUACAGAUGAAAUGGACAACAAACCAGACCAAAUGGGUGAAGAGGAGCGACAUUAACAUACAUGCAAACAAACCUCAGCAAAGAAUACACCUGACUUUGAAUAUCUAUCCAUAUCUUUAGGUCAACUCUGUAUCCUUAAUGCUGACAGUAUCAUUUCCCUUCCGGUGAAGCUAACACAUUCCAAAUUCUACAACCCGCCAUAAGCUACUAUUAUACAGCAUCAGUAACCAUUACUAACCAAAUCCUCCUGUAGCUAACCAAAAUGGAAGGCAAAAGGAAAUUGAGGGCUGGACAUGUGGUUAGUCUAUUAUACAAUAUAUAACUUCACCUUAUCUAUGCUGAGACAGGACAGAAGUGGCUAUUAGAAAUGAAAAGGUAUUAUACAAAUAUGGCGGUCUUUUUCAAUCUGUGACUUUGUUAUCCCUUGAAAGACAUUGAUUGAUCCAUCCAUUAAUCAGAAAGUUCAGUGUACCAUGAACUCUAGUGAGAUUAAUACAUUCAACACUGCAGACAACAAAGCCCGUCUUGUUCAAUAAUACAGUACUCAGGUCCUUUAAAUUUCCUACAUUAUUUAAUAACAUUUUUUGAUACUUGUAGUUUUGUUGUGUUUUAAAAACUACAACUACUUUGAAACACGAAUAUACAGUUGUAAUAUAGUUCCAUUGUGCAAUAGAAUUUUGAUUUUGGGAUACUUUUUUCUCACUGUUGUAGUCACUUUUGAAAAUAAUAUUACUGUAGGACAUAACUUCUGAAUGUUGGAAUAUUGUAUACAAAAAUUUCCUUACAAAAUGGUUGGCAUUAUUUAUUACAUGGUUCAAGUUGUUAUAUUAGAUUUUUUUUUUUUUUGCUAAUAAAUUGCAAUUGGUAUUAAAAUAUGUUUUUUUUUGUUUGUUUGUUUUUUUUACCACCAUUACCUUAGAUAGCCAAGGUUGGAUACCUGCAGUUGCUAUGGGUUUUUGGGCCACAACAGAACUCAGUACCAUCUUAAUACAGAUUCUAAAAAGCUACCAGACAUUUGUACAAAUGUAUCAACAGUAGCAGGUUCCUAUUAUUGCAGAAAUGGCUGUGAGCCAUUUAACCAGUGUUAAUUCUGAAACUCCAUUACAGUUCUCUGUCCUUAAGCGUUCCCUUUCUGUGGCAGCAAUUACUCAAUUAUUCAUGGUCAUUUAAUUGACUAAAAUAUCACAUACAAGAUACAUAAACUAAAUGCUACCAAGGCAUUAAAUUAAUGAUAUUAGUAAGUGUCAUAAAACCACACGAGUGUGGCUGUUUAACUAAUAGUUUGCAAAUUACCAACCAAACAGAGGUUCCUACAA